AUGUCUUCGUUACGGAAUGCUGUGAACCGGCGGGUCCACAGGGAACGUGACCAGCUGGAAUCCCGCGCUCGCCUCGGCCGUCUGGAAAAGCACAAAGACUACAAGCUGCGGGCUGCCUCGUUCAACAAGAAGAAAGAGCAGCUGAAGAACCUCCGGGCGAAGGCCGCAACGCGCAACGAAGAUGAAUUCUACUAUGGCAUGCUAUCUCGCAAGGGACCCCAGGGCGUCCUCUCGAAGGGAAAGCGGUGGACCGGCACAGUAGAUGGCGACCGGGGCAACAAAGUUCUCGACCUCGAUACCGUGAGACUUCUGAAGACACAGGACAUCGGAUACCUGCGAACGGCCCGGAAUGUUGCGGCGAAAGAUGUUAAGCAGCUGGAGGAGCGUGUCGUGGGACUAGGUGGGAGCUUGGAUCCAGACAAAGAGAUGGACAUGGACGAUGAUGACGAGUUCGGUGGAUUCGACGAUGACGAUGCACCACAGAAGAGGGCGAAACCCAAGAAGACCGUAUUCGCAGACGAGCUGGACGAGAGGGAGGAGCGGAUACAACGCGAUGCAGACCAGGAACUGGAAGAUGAGGAGGGCGAAAUGGAUGUUGACGAGGAGAACCCCGAGAAGCUACGAGCAGAACAGCGGCAAAGACUGCUGGAGAAGCUACAGCGGCGCCUGCAACACUCCCGGAAGAAGGUGUGGAUUCUGACGCGAGCCGAGCAUGAGCUGGAUAUGCAGAGGGCGAAGAUGUCCAAGACGCCUACAUCCAUGAACGUCGUCACGAAGGCAGGCAAGCAAGUCAAGGUGCGGCAGCGGAAACGAUGA